AUGAGAUCCGAUCCCAGCCAGAGGGAUCCCAUCUUAUGGUGUGAAUACCACGGGACAAAUGGUCACCGGAUAGGGGACUACCGAUAUCUCCAAGAAGAAGCAGCAACGUUGUUGAAAAAUGGUCAUCUCAGAGAAUUCUUGAGUGACCGAGCUAAGAACAAUUACGGUCGUAACAUAGAUAAUAUAGAGCCUUCGAAGACCAAAGUAUCAAUAACUCAUAGUAAAAGACUCCGGGAAGACGAUAUCACUUUCACGGAGGAGAACGCUGAUGGAUUGUUGUUACCACACAACGACGCACUGGUAGUUUCUUUACAUGUGUUAGAUAUUAAGAUUGCACAUGUUCUAGUGGAUCCAGGAAGUUCGGAUAAUAUCAUACUCACCGGGAGCAUUGUUCCGGCAACAAAGCUCCUCGCUGGAUUCAACCUUGCGAGUGUGGCGACCCGGGGAGAGAUUUUGCUACUCACGAAGCUGAAAGGGUAA